AGGCCAACCGGUGGUUCGGGGUUGCACCCCCAAAGUCUGGAAAGAUGAGCAUGAACGUCCUUUAUCAGGAAGAGCUCAUCGCUCAGAAGAAGCGAGAAAUUGAAGCCAAAAUGGAGCAGAAAGCCAAACAGGAUCAGAUGGCCAGCCCGCCACCCCCCCAUCCUGGAGAAAUGGCAAAUGCACACCAUUCUUCCUGCAUUUCCAACAAGUUUGCCAACGACGGCAGCUUCCUGCAGCAGUUUCUGAAGCUGCAGAAGGCCCAGACAAGCCCCGACCCACCCCCCAGCGCACCCCGCAGUGCUCCCCCGCCCAGCACGGCGCGGCGGCCCCUGCUGCUCAGCAAGCGGCCCAGCCUGGGGCUGGGCACCCCGGGCCCCACCAGGAGCUACUCACACGCCAAGCAGCUGCCCGUGGCCCAGCGCCCCAGCAUCUUCCAGUCCCCCGACGAUGACGACGACGAUGACGAUGAGGAGCAGUGGCUGGAGAUCAAAGUUUCACCCCCAGAGGGAGCCGAGACUCGGAAAGUGAUAGAGAAAUUGGCCCGCUUUGUGGCGGAAGGAGGCCCCGAGUUAGAGAAAGUAGCUAUGGAGGACUACAAGGAGAACCCCGCAUUUGCGUUUUUGCACGAUAAGAACAGCAGGGAAUUCCUGUACUACAGGAAGAAGGUGGCCGAGAUUAGAAAGGAGGCGCAGAAGCCGCAGGCCGCCUUGCAGAGAGUUUCACCCCCAGAGGACGAAGAGACCAAGAGCCUUGCAGAAAAACUGGCCAGGUUCAUAGCAGAUGGGGGUCCCGAGGUUGAGACCAUCGCCCUCCAGAACAACCGUGACAACCAGGCCUUCAGCUUCCUUUAUGAACCCAACAGCCAGGCGCACAAAUACUACCGGCAAAAGCUGGAGGAGUUCCGCAAAGCCAAGGCGGGCCCCGCAGGCACCCCCGACCCCAGCCUCAAGCGCAAGUCCCCCCCCAAGGCCUCCUUGGGGCCUUCACCGCUGGCCAUCACCUGCCCCACCUCGUCGGCCUCCUCGCCCGCCGUCACCCCCACAGCCGCCCUCCCCGGGAAGCCCGCCCCCACCCCCACGGUGAAGAGGAAGCGGAAGAGCCGCUGGGGGCCCGCGGAGGACAAGGUGGAGCUGCCGCCCGCAGAGCUGGUGCAGCGGGACGUGGACGCCUCCCCCUCCCCCCUGUCAGUGCAGGACCUCAAGGGGCUCGGCUACGAGAAGGGGAAGCCGGUGGGGCUGGUGGGCGUCACCGAGCUCUCAGACGCCCAGAAGAAGCAGCUGAAGGAGCAGCAGGAGAUGCAGCAGAUGUACGACAUGAUCAUGCAGCACAAGCGUGCCAUGCAGGACAUGCAGCUGCUGUGGGAGCGCGCGCUGCAGCAGCACCAGCACGGCUACGACAGUGACGAGGAGGUGGACAGCGAGCUGGGCACCUGGGAGCACCAGCUGCGGCGCAUGGAAAUGGACAAGACCCGCGCUGCCUGUCACAGCCUGGCCCGGAUCCCAUGCACCCCAUUGUUCCCCUGA